AGGUCAAGCUCUCCCGCCGUGCGUCGCCUUUAUCGCCCAUUCCUCCGAUAGACGAUCCGCGACGCAUUCAUCGCCUCUUGAGGUCAUUCCAUCGACAUCCGAACAAACCAGGGUCCAAACGACGCAUCAGGGUCUGUCAAGAUCUCCAAUCACAUGACCCUCGGACACGUAGAGCUCCAUAUUCCCGACGCCUGUCCAAACUGGCAAGUUGCGCAAAGAAGUGGGGUCGGUGAGCUCGCGCCGACCCGCGCCGAGAUGUUGCUGUCAAAAGCAACAGACCCCUUCCGCGCUCGACGGGCCAAGACAGAAGAGAAAACUCGGAGCAAAACCCUUCUUCUAGCGCACGAAGCGCCAAUCCCUGACCGCUGUGAAGAUCGAUCUAUCGCUAGGAAGGUGAUCGUAGGAUCAGCUAACAGAGAAAAUUCAGUCCGAGUCUUCUCCACUAGUGCUGCGAAGUCGAUGACACUACCGUGUAGAUAGUGGAGCAGUAUCUGGGUGUUCGACCCUUCUGCUCUUUGGGUGUUUGCUCGAGCGGGAAAGCCUUGGUAAUCGUGUGAUUUCAGCUAUGGUGUUGAGUUUCCAGGGCUGAC